GCCCGUCCGGGCUUAACAGGCAUGACCCAUUUCCAAUAAAAAUAGAGGGCUGAGUCCCACGGAGCCAAUAGAGAAAGUUCAAGGUGUGGUGGAGGCGGUCUAUGUGAGGAAACAAGAAGACAAACCCAAGAUGGAGGCGGUGGCGGCUGUAGCGGCGUGACAGGAGCCCCAUGGCACCUGCCCAGCCUCAUCUCAGCCCAUCUUGACAAAGUCUUAGGCUCCAUGGAGCCACCACGGGGCCUCCCUGCCAACGGGGCUGAGCCAUCCCGGGCAGUGGGCACUGUCAAAGUGUACCUGCCCAACAAGCAACGCACAGUGGUGACUGUCCGGGAUGGCAUGAGUGUCUAUGACUCUCUAGACAAGGCCCUCAAGGUGCGGGGCCUCAAUCAGGACUGCUGUGUGGUCUACAGACUCAUCAAAGGGCGAAAGACGGUUACUGCCUGGGACACUGCCAUCGCACCCCUGGAUGGCGAGGAGCUCAUCGUAGAGGUCCUGGAAGACGUGCCUCUGACCAUGCACAAUUUUGUACGGAAGACUUUCUUCAGCCUGGUGUUCUGUGACUUCUGCCUUAAGUUUCUCUUCCAUGGCUUCCGCUGCCAGACUUGUGGCUACAAGUUCCACCAGCAUUGUUCCUCAAAGGUCCCCACAGUCUGCGUUGACAUGAGUACCAACCGCCGACAGUUCUACCACAGUGUUCAGGAUUUGUCCGGGGGCUCCAGACAGCACGAGGCUCCCUCCAACCGCCCCCUGAAUGAGCCGCUAACUUCUGAGGGCCCCAGCCCCUGCACUCAGCACUGUGACCAGGAGCAUUUUCCCUUCCCUGCCUCACCCAACCCCCCCCUGCAGCGCAUCCGCUCCACAUCUACUCCCAAUGUCCACAUGGUCAGCACCACAGCCCCCAUGGACUCCAGCCUCAUGCAGCUUACAACCCAGAACUUCAGCACCAACGCUGCUGCCAAUAGAGGUGGUGGUGAUGGAGCCCCCCGGGGAACCCCCACCCUGGCCAGUUUGUCCUCGGGGAGGAAAUCCCCACAUUCCAAGUCAUCUUCAGAGCAGCGGGAACGGAAGUCCUUGGCUGAUGAAAAGAAAAAAGUGAAGAAUCUGGGGUACCGGGAUUCAGGCUAUUACUGGGAAGUGCCACCAAGUGAGGUGCAGCUGCUGAAGAGGAUCGGGACAGGCUCUUUUGGCACUGUGUUUCGAGGACGGUGGCAUGGUGAUGUGGCUGUGAAGGUGCUCAAGGUGGCCCAACCCACCGCUGAGCAGGCCCAGGCCUUCAAGAACGAGAUGCAGGUGCUCAGGAAGACUCGACAUGUCAACAUCUUGCUGUUCAUGGGCUUCAUGACGAGGCCAGGGUUUGCCAUCAUCACUCAGUGGUGCGAAGGCUCCAGCCUCUAUCACCACCUGCAUGUGGCUGACACGCGCUUUGAUAUGGUCCAGCUCAUCGACGUGGCCAGGCAGACUGCCCAGGGCAUGGACUACCUGCAUGCCAAGAGCAUCAUCCACAGAGACCUCAAGUCUAACAACAUCUUCCUACAUGAGGGGCUCACAGUGAAGAUUGGUGACUUUGGCCUGGCCACAGUGAAGACACGGUGGAGUGGGGCUCAGCCUUUGGAACAGCCUUCAGGCUCUGUGCUGUGGAUGGCUGCUGAGGUGAUCCGGAUGCAGGACCCGAACCCCUACAGCUUCCAGUCGGAUGUCUAUGCCUAUGGGGUUGUGCUCUAUGAGCUCAUGACCGGCUCACUGCCUUACAGCCACAUUGGCAGCCGUGACCAGAUCAUCUUUAUGGUGGGCCGUGGCUAUCUGUCUCCGGACCUCAGCAAAGUCUCGAGCAACUGCCCCAAAGCCAUGCGACGUCUACUGUCUGACUGCCUCAAGUUCCAGCGGGAGGAGCGGCCCCUCUUCCCCCAGAUCCUGGCUACAAUUGAGCUGCUGCAACGGUCACUCCCCAAGAUUGAGCGGAGUGCCUCAGAACCCUCCUUGCACCGCACCCAGGCUGAUGAGUUGCCGGCCUGCCUCCUCAGUGCAGCCCGCCUUGUGCCUUAGGCUCCCCUAGCCAGGAGGGGGAUGCCAAUCUCAGCCUGCCAUGCCAAGGAGCUCUGCCUACCAGCCAGUCAUUGUUCCAUCUCUGCCUUGAUACUGCCUCAGGACCCCCUACUUCCUACUCUGGGAGGUGUGGAGGUCCCUACAUGCUCUUCCAGUUCCUCUGGAAUUGGAGACUUAGACCCCUGUCUCCAUAAUUUUAGUUUCCUCUUGGGGGGAAUACUUCUAACUUGGGAGUGCUCCUCCUUCUCCAAUGGCUGGGAUUCAUGGCAAGGAUUCCACUCAGCCUCUCUGGAAUUUGUGCCUGUUGUGCCUUCACUGGAUUUUGGGGUCCCCAGCACCCCCAUAUGGAUUAGGAGGGGUUCUUCUGUGUCUCCUUUGCCAUUCAAAGACUCCCCUCUUUCUUCACCAAGAAGCACAGAAUUCUGCUGGG